UCUCAGCAUCUCUUUAUGAUUCUCUGGCUAAAGGGUGUUCUAUUUAAUGUGACAACAGUGGACUUGAAAAGGAAGCCUGCGGACCUGCAGACCUUGGCUCCCAGCACCAACCCACCUUUCAUGACUUUUGAGGGUGAGGUCAAGACAGAUGUGAAUAAGAUCGAGGAGUUCUUAGAGGAGAAACUGGCUCCCGCAAGGUACCCUAAGCUGGGGACCCAACACCCUGAACCUAACUCUGCUGGAAAUGACGUGUUUGCCAAGUUCUCAGCAUUUAUAAAAAACACCAAGAAGGAUGCAAACAAGAUUUAUGAAAGGAACCUAUUAAAGGCCCUGGAGAAGCUGGAUAGUUAUCUGAACAGCCCCCUGCCUGAUGAGAUAGAUGCCUAUAGUACCGAGGAAGCUGCUAUUUCUGGAAGGAAGUUCCUGGAUGGCAGUGAGCUCACGCUGGCUGACUGCAACCUCUUACCCAAGCUCCACGUUAUUAAGAUUGUGGCCAAGAGAUACAGAGAUUUUGAAUUUCCUUCUGAAAUGACUGGCAUCUGGAGGUACUUGAACAAUGCGUGUGCUCGGGAUGAAUUCACAAACACACGUCUCUCUGACCAGCAGAUUGAACAUGCAUAUUCAGAUGUUGCCAAAAGAAUGAAGUGA